AUGAAGGCACUCAAUCAGAAGAAUAGCAAGGCGGAUUCUUCCAGUGGUAUGCUCGAAUCACUGAAAGAAAAUGUCCCACCAAGCAGUCUCAUAUCUCGCACCCCCCGAAAGCUCCCGACGGACACCAGUGCCACAGCUGCAAACGCCCAAAUCGAACUCGCGUUGCUCGAUGCACAGAUAUUGGCUCUCCAAAACCAAAAGGCCAUUCUCAUUCAAAGACAUUCGCCCCAUCGUACAGGGCUGGGCGAAUAUGCAAAACUGAUUCCUCCGAUCUGUCGCGUCCCCCUCGAGAUUCUCCAGGAAAUAGCCCUGUACUGUCUGCCACUCCAACCAACACUCACCCUCCGCGAUGCGCCUUUGUCUCUCUCGCAUGUGUCGCGAGAUUGGCGGCGCGCGGUGCUUUCCUUGCCCGGGAUGUGGUCAGAGCUCUAUCUCGAGGUCUAUAACGCGGAGAAUCGUCACGACUCCUUGAUCCCGGUGAUUCUCGAGUGGUUCGGACGUGCCAGGACCCGACCACUUUCGUUUCAUCUGUUCUUUGUCUCUGCGAAAACUGAUGAUGAUGAAGACGAGUUCAGCCUCUACGUUGAUGAAAUCAUCGGCCUGGGUGCGCGCUGGGUGUUCGAUUAUAUGCCCAUUCUUCCCCGCUUGGUCUCAACCCUCGAAUCAUUGACACUCAACAACUAUUCACGAACGCAAAGGGAUGGAAAUCCCGGUACCGAUGCCCAUGGCGGACUGCAGCUCAUUCUGGGAAGGGCUGCAAUUAAUCUUCGCCGAUUGGUGCUCGAUAAACCCUUUGCCUUUUAUCAGGUCAAUUAUCCUUGGUCUCAACUGACGUCACUCUCGAUAAACGACAAAAUGUCUCUGGAAACAUGGGCUCGCCUGCUACGAGAAUGCUGCCAGCUUCAAACGGGGUCCUUUGAGCUAUCGUCUAGUGAUUACGCUGACGAUAGUGACUCAGAUUCUGGCUCCGCGUAUUGGGAUGCGGAGGACCUUGUGGAUGGUAGUGGCGACGAAGAAUCGGACCAACAGCCCAACCUAGUGCCGCUGACCGCACUUGAGGACCUCAGUCUUAGAAUCUCCAGCUCUGACAUCACUCUCGGGCAAUGCAUAACGAGCUGUUGCUUCACGAACCUAAAGGCACUCCAGGUCGACUUCGCGCAUUCUCGCACCCCCGGGAUUGAUGAAGAUAUCGAUCCAUCAGUAUUCUACCAACUAAAUAAUCUGGAAAGGCUCUCGUUGGUCUCUUCCGGGGAGGAGACUGUAGCUCGUCUCGAGAUACUCUUACGGAGUAUACCUGGUCUUACGAGCCUGCGUUUAUACGUGCCUCAGCUAGAUCCUGCCGAGAUCUUUGACCUCCUCACUCACGAUGACCCACUGAAGCCAGAUCUGGUACCUCAUCUCAAGACUUUGGCUAUACCCUUCAAGUUCGACCCAGACGAGGGCGACCUCGAAGAGAUCCUCGACGCAAUGACCCUCAUGCUCUACUCCAGGACCGCCCCGACCCUCGACCUAUCCGAACACCUGCGCCGUUUUACGACGGCCCAUAGGGUGGAACCUAAUUUGAAUGCACAAAUCAUGGAUGCCCUGCAACCAUAUGCGCAGAGCGGGCUUGAUUUCAAGGUUGACAAGUCCUUGGUCCAUUCUGUUCCGACGGGCGAUAGCACGCUGGUUAAUUGGGACUUUGGGAUUCAGCAUAGGAUUUUGUGGAGGGAGGCAGCUCGUCUGCCGGAAGAGAUGGAGCAGAUUUCAUCUGAUUGGUAA